GCGUACUGAUAAAAAAUCUUUCUCUUAUUUUAAAUACGGAUAUAGGUGAUCCUAAGACUGCUCUGCGAUGGUUGAGGUCAGCAAGCACUAUCUCCCACCCACGGGCCUAGUACCGAACUCCCCGCAACCGCUGCUACACUACAGGGGGCUCCUGUCCGAAGCUGAACUGAGGCCUGAAAAGAUACACCGAACCUUAGAAGAGAAUGGGUGGGAGACACAGUGGAUAAUUCGCUACGGCGCAACCCAGGCAUCCCAUUACCAUUCACGAAUCCAUGAGACCAUGGUUGUGCUUUCUGGCACCGCCACCAUCCGCUUUGGCGUCGCCGACACAGACUCAGACCUAGACAAGAGCACCUGGGGCGGCGCUAAGGAAGCGGGAGGGAUCGAGAUCACGGCGAAAGCUGGCGACGCCUUCGCGAUCCCGGCCGGGGUGGCGCACAAGACACACCAUACCAGUCCCAGCGGUGAAUUCGGCAUCCUCUCACCAGGAGACGGGCACAGCAUCCCUGCUCACGACGUGGCAGAAGCAUUGGCGGGCACCCAGCUCUCGGGGUUCACGAUGAUGGGCGCCUAUCCGAAGGGGUGUGGCAGCUGGGACUUCUCUGUCGGAGGGGAGGAUGUCGGGAACUUCGAAGCUGCGUGGAACAUCAAGAAGCCGGAGAAGGACCCGUUCUUGGGCGAUUCGCUAGAGGGCGUGGUUGGACAGUGGAAGGCCACAACGCGAAGCACAGGCGCAAACUCCUAAACGCAACUCCGAUUGCGCACCUAGAGCUUGUUAUACGAAGAAUACGAAAACGGCUACUACUAUCACAGAAUUAAGAGAUCAAA